AUGAAUUCUCUUCUUGCUGUCUUUUGUUGCUGUUGUUUUUGUUUUGUUUUCACUGCAUGUUUCUGUGCCGUGAAUCCCCAAUGUUGUUCUCUUGUUGCUUUUCAGUGUUUGUUUGUUGUUCUUUGUUGUUCGUUGUUUUUUGGUUUAUGCCAAAGCGGCUGGCGCGCUGCCAUGUCGUUGAAGGUUUGGGUGAAACGCGGUGGCAUGGGCGACGAGGAGGCGCUUGGGAUUCACGUCCCAGUGGACGGAACGGCGCAAAGUGUCGUUGACGCCUGUCGCGGUGUUUUUCGGCACUUGCAGCCAGCACGAGCGGCUUUGUGCACGGAGGACGGCAUCAUCGUGGCGCGGGCGUCCCCUGUCAUUGCCCUUCGUAGCCACACGCUGGAGCUCAUUGAGUUGCCGCCUGAGGAGGCACCAAAGAGACGCGUGGAUAACACCACGACGAUCAACAGAAAUUCUGCGGCUGCUGCGGCAUCGUCAGCUGUCAAGAGCGAAAAUUUUCUUCGGCAGACCUCGGCUGAAAAAGAGACGCGGCGCGCACCGCCGGCUCCUUCUGCGGCGAAGAAAAGUUUUCCAACCAAGACAAGUAUGGCCGCCGCCACGCAAGCGAAAAAAACUGACCGUACGGGUGUAGGGGCGAAGGAAACUUGUGCGGCGUCGCAACACCUUGCGGCUUUAUGGGAUGGUCUGCCGGUGUUUGCGUCUCCUCUUUCCAUUAAAAGGAGCACACCAGCCGUGACGGGCAUCCUCCGAUCCGCCCGGCGGGCUUACGCUGAGGCCGUAGGGUCGCAAUUUGGAAUAGGCAACAACAGUUCAUGUGACCGCGUCCCACCACUUGGAGGAGGGCAGAGCCUUCUGAUAGGAGACGGUGCGGUAGCCGUGUUGAGGCAGAGUGGACCGGCAGGUUUGGCGGAAUGUUUGGACGCCGCGAAAGAUAACAGUGUGCGGCACGACAACAGUUUUUUGGAGGCGGCAGGCGAAAAUGGAACUGAUAGAUUAAAGGAUAGAGAGCGAGGGGCACCAUCGCAGUGUGAAUUGCUUGCGCUAGAGGAAGUGCAGGCUGACAGACUCGACAAUUUUUCCCCUCCUCACGGUACGCUCCCAUGCAGCGAGACGGUUGCUACGGCAGUCACAGCAGCUGUCAGUGCAGAAACAGAAUUAGAAACAUCACAUGGAAGUGAGGGUGCUGCAGGAGAGGCGAUGACAACAACAGUAGCAGGGGCGGUGGAAAUAACAAAAACUUUUAUGCAGCCUUUAGACCCGGAAGAAGAGCAGAAUCGCACAGCUGCCGGGAAUUUUGUUGACUGCGGUGAAAAAAUCGGGACUGCUGCUGCGGACCGCAAGGAAACCGACGGUGUUUCUCCGAAUACUGACGAGUUGUCGAAAAAAGCGCCGGCGUACUUUGAGGAGUGGUGA